CAAGUAUUGCCUUUUGUUCCCUGAAGUCCUUAAGGUUUUUUCCAACCAAGCACUUUGGCAAGAAAUCCAGACUCAUGCCUCCUAAAAAGCCUGACCCCAAGAAAGAAGCCCCCAAAGCAGCUCCGGCUCCGGCUCCAGCUCCAGCUCCAGAACCACCUAAAGAACCUGCCUUUGAUCCCAAAAGUGUGACCAUUGAAUUCAGUGCUGAUCAGAUUGAAGAGUUCAAGGAAGCAUUCAUGCUCUUUGACAAGACCCCAACUGGAGAAAUGAAAAUCACAUACAGUCAGUGUGGAGAUGUCAUGCGAGCCUUGGGACAGAACCCAACCAAUGCAGAGGUCUUGAAAGUGCUAGGGAAACCAAAGGCAGAAGAAAUGAACACAAAAAUGCUGGAUUUUGAGACCUUCCUCCCAAUGUUACAACACAUUGCCCGAUCCAAGGACCAAGGGACUUUUGAGGACUUUGUGGAAGGACUCCGUGUCUUUGACAAGGAAGGAAAUGGCACUGUCAUGGGAGCUGAACUGCGUCAUGUCCUUGCUACUUUAGGCGAGAAGAUGACAGAGAAUGAAGUUGAGCAAUUGAUGGCUGGACAAGAAGAUGCCAAUGGCUGCAUCAACUAUGAAGCUUUUGUCAAGCAUAUCAUGUCUGGCUGAAGCUAGAAUCUUUAAAAUUCUUCAGAUGAGUAAAAAAGUGAUUCGGCAGAAAUUUCCUCAUACUAUUUCCCCCUUAAAAUUCUGUAGGAGAUGAACCUACCACAAGCCACAUUAAAGGGACCGCCCAUUAUAAUAACAAAACCACUGCAUUAAACACCUUUGCAUCAA